AUGAUCAUGGAAAGAAACUUCGCACCAGUCAUUAUAUUCAGUUUCAGUAAGAAAGACUGCGAGUUAUACGCUAUGCAGAUGGCUAAAUUGGAUUUUAAUACAAUUGAAGAGAAAAAACUUGUAGACGAAGUUUUCAACAACGCGAUGGAUGUUCUAUCAGAAGACGAUCGUAAGCUGCCUCAGGUUGAAAAUGUGAUACCCUUGUUGAGGAGAGGAAUCGGCAUACAUCACGGAGGACUGUUGCCCAUACUGAAAGAAACUAUAGAAAUAUUGUUCGGCUUGGGACUUAUCAAGGCGUUGUUCGCGACCGAGACCUUCGCUAUGGGGCUCAACAUGCCCGCAAGGACUGUUGUGUUCACAAAUUGUCAGAAGUUUGACGGCAAGGAUUUCAGAUUUAUAACUUCAGGUGAAUAUAUCCAAAUGUCAGGUAGAGCGGGUCGUAGAGGUUUGGAUGAUAAAGGUAUUGUCAUACUGAUGAUCGACCAGAAGGUUACUCCCAGUGUUGUUAAAUCUAUGGUACAAGGGAAGGCCGAUCCUAUAAAUUCUGCAUUCCAUCUUACAUACAAUAUGGUCCUUAAUUUAUUAAGAGUGGAGGAAAUAAACCCAGAAUACAUGUUGGAGAGGAGUUUCUAUCAGUUUCAAAACCAAGCUGUAAUACCAGAUCUCAUUGACAAGGUGAAAGCUAAGCAGAAGGAAUAUAACGCCUUAUCAAUAGAGCAGGAACACUCAAUAGCUUCAUAUUGUAACAUAAGGUCUCAGUUGGAGCUGCUCGGCUCACAGUUCAGAUCAUUCAUCACAAAGCCGGAGUACAUCAAGCCUUUCCUACAACCUGGUAGACUUGUUAAGGUGAAAACGGAAAAAUACACGAGUACGACUGGGGCAUUAUAG